AUAGUCCGGAGUUUCUUUAAAUCAUUCUGUUCAGUUGAAACACAUCUUAGUCGACGGUAGGUCGUUCAGGGCAGCUAAUAAAGUAUUAGAAAAUAAUAUAUUUUUAAGAGAGUUUUCGGUGUCUCUAUCUUCUAAUACAAAAGUGAUAUAUUUAUAUAUACACCACAGUUCGCAUUGAGUACCUCGUUGUGUAAGACAUUCAAUAUUAUUUUUGAACGUGAAGUCGAUGGUGAUGUGUUGAAUUUAGAAUUUCAUGUGGAAAGGAAAAGUGCAAAGAAUUCGAAAUUCAAUUAGAAAAUGCCGAUAUAAUUGGCACAACGAGACGUUACAAAUAAAGAAAUUUUGAAGAGGAAUUUUUUUUUUGGGGGGAAUUUUGUUCCCAUAUUUCCAAAUUUGGUUUUCUACUCUAGCCUAGCGUAGAACGAAACUUGCUUUUCGGAUCCAUAUAAUUGAGUAUUUGGAAAGCUCGCAAAGAAAUCGUCAACAUGGUAAAAUCGAUAGACCCACUACCUCCACAGGAAUUGGAAACAUUCUUACCCGGUGACGGAUUAAAUGGAUCUUCAAAAUACAAAAUCACGCCGGCCAAAAGUAAUUUAGUGGAAAAUGGCAUGGUCGAAUUCGAUCCGUUCAAAGAACGCAAAAAUGAUCAUCCAACCACAGACGUCGAAACUCUCACGCAUCUGCUGAAAGCAUCGCUAGGCACAGGCAUCCUGGCCAUGCCCGUCGCGUUCAUGUAUUCCGGAAUUGUUGUCGGCAUUUUUGCCACUGUUUUCACCGCAUUUAUCUGCACUCACUGCAGCUACAUUUUGGUGAAAUGUGCACACACUUUGUACAAACGAACCCAUACAACUGCGAUGACAUUCUCCGAAGUGGCUGAAGUUGCAUUUACAAACGGACCCAAAUGGGGUCGAAAAUUUGCCAAAUUCUCGAAGCUGUUGAUCCUGCAAUCACUGUUCUGGACAUACUUCGGUACAUGCUCCGUGUACACAGUCAUUGUGGCGACCAAUUUCCAGCAGAUCGCCAUCCACUACACCGGCAAUGACAUAAGUCUUCGCGUUGUCAUAGCAGCACUACUUUUGCCGCUCAUCUUAUUGUCGUGGAUUCCAAAUCUGAAGUAUCUGGCGCCGGUAUCGAUGAUCGCCAAUGCAUUUAUGGCCGUCGGUCUCGGUAUCACAUUCUAUUAUUUGGUGCAGGAUUUGCCACCCGUCACCGAACGACCAUUCGUUGCACCAAUCAGUACGUGGCCAGCAUUUUUCUCUAUUACCAUAUUCGCGAUGGAAGCGAUUGGCGUUGUGAUGCCGUUGGAAAAUUCGAUGAAAACUCCGCAAAACUUUGUCGGCAUCUGCGGCGUUUUGAAUAAGGGUAUGGGCGGUGUGACGUUGGUUUACAUUUUGCUGGGCUUUUUGGGAUAUUUACGAUACGGAUCAGAGACACAGGGCAGUAUUACGUUGAACUUACCGGUGGAAGAAGUGCCUGCACAAAUUGUGAAAAUUCUAAUUGCUCUGGCCGUAUUCUGUACGUUCGGUCUUCAGUUCUUUGUGUGCGUAGAAAUCGUUUGGAAUGGCAUUAAGGAUCGAUUCACCAAACGUCCGACCGUUGUCAACUAUGUCAUGAGAACCGUGCUCGUCACACUUGCUGUACUGAUAGCCGUUGCAGUGCCCACAAUUUCACCGUUUAUUGGACUGAUUGGUGCCUUUUGCUUUUCAAUUUUGGGUCUCUUAGUUCCGAUUGCCAUCGAGUUCGUCACAUAUUGGGACCAAGGAUUCGGCAAAUGGAAUUGGAUGAUCUGGAAGAAUGUGAUCGUCGCCAUAUUCGGUAUAUUCGCAUUGAUAUUCGGUUCGAAGAGUGCCAUCGAAGAAAUCAUUAGUAUGUACACCAGUAGUCCGAUUGUUCCGGCUUUGAAUGCAACGGCGUCGAACUAAAACGUUUUAUUUUGUUCCAUAAAGUAGAAAACAAAAAUGAUUUCCAAUUGAACUGUUGCAUUGAAUGAUAAACCUUCCUACCGGGCAUAUUAAUGAUAAUUUUAACAAAAGUAAAAAAAAGUGAGAAAGAAAAUUUAAGUUAAGAAUUUUCGUAGAGAGUAAAAAUGAAAGAUCUAAACAAUGCACCGAGUUUUUAUUGUUAAAAAUUUUUAUUUUUUCCGUUUUUUUUUAUGAUUUACAAUUAUUUGUUAGUUUGUAAUAGAAUUUUUUGUCGUUUUAUUUAAUUGCUAAAGUUAAUGUAAAGCACGAAAACAUUUAGAUUUGUAAACAACACGUUUAAGCUUAGGGUCCAUUUGUUUGUUGAUUCAUAUGAAAGAAUGGUCCAAAAAAAUUGCAAAAACAUUUUUUAAGCUAAAAAGUAAGUUAGAAUUAUUUUUGUUAUUGUUAUACGCAAUAAACAACAAAAAAACAAAAUGAAAAAAAAUUUACGCAAAUUUCUUAUUGAAAUACUGCGCCCGCUUGUAUGUACAUUUCUUCCUAAUAAAACUUAAUUCUAAACAAAAAA